AUGAAAACCAUGAUGACAGCUUCUGAAAGAGAAAGAUAUAAAUCAUUUAUGUUAAUUCCAUUUUAUGUCUACUUGAAACUUAUUGCUCCAUAAUAUGGUUUUCUGGAAGCUUUACGUUGUUGCAUUUUCGUCAAUUCUGAAACUUUUGUUGGCUACUGCUCUUGGGGCAUUCCUUGCACAAGAUCGAUUGAAUAUACUCAAAGAAAAUGCCAGGAAGCACAUCAAUGCUAUGGUAUAUUUUGUCUUCACCCCAGCUCUUAUUUAUAGCAGCAUGUCUAAUACCAUAACCUUAAAGAGCGUGGUUAUGCUGUGGUUCAUGCCGUUGAGUAUUCUUGUAACAUAUAUUGCUGGCACUGUUCUUGGAUGGUUACUUAUUAAAGCAAUUAGAGUUCCUCAUCAUCUGCAUGGCCUUGUGUUGGGGUGUUGUGCUGCAGGAAAUCUGGCCAGUUUGCCACUGAUUGUAGUUCCAGCUAUCUGUAAGGAACAAAAUAACCCUUUUGGAGAUGAGGCUGUUUGCAAUAGAAAUGGACUGGCAUAUGCUUCUCUGUCAAUGGCUGUAGGAUACACUUAUGCUUGGUCUAUUACAUUCAACAUUGUCCGUAUAUAUUCACCAAAGAUCUCCAAUGCAGUCAAAGUUGAUGAAUCCACUGUAACUCCAAUAUCUGCAAAAGGAACUGAUCCAGAAAACCUUUUAAAAUGCUCUGAUGGAGCAUUGGUCAUGGCUGAGGAUAUAGCAAAGCCUAAUGGUGGCAUGGAUCAACCUGAAAUUGAAUGUAAAGUUGUUGAUGGGCAAGCCCAGGUACCAGUAAAGCUGAAGAUUAUGAAAAAGUUGAAAAUAUUAGCCGACAAAAUCAACAACAUGAAGAUUCUAAUUGCACCUUCGACGAUAGCAGUGAUUGUUGGUUUGACAAUUGGUGUUGUCCCUCAAUUUCGAAAACUACUAGUUGGUGACACUGCUCUUCUCCAUGUGGUUCAAGACUCUGUAACCAUGCUGGGGGAUGCAAGUGUUCCAGCAAUGGUCUUAUUGCUUGGGGCAAAUCUUGUUACAGGUUUAAAAGGAUUUGGAAAGCAACUUCCACUUAUUGUUGGCAUUAUUGUGGUUAAAUUUAUUGCCAUGCCAGCAAUAGGUAUAGCCAUUGUCAAAGGUGCAGUUUAUUUCAACUUGAUCCACCAUGAUCCACUGUAUCAGUUUGUUUUACUCCUUCAAUUUGCUCUCCCACCUGCGAUAGUCAUGAGUACAAUUACUCAAAUGUUUGGAACUGGUGAGAGUGAAUGCUCAUCUAUCAUGUUGGGAACUUAUUCAUGUGCUACAGUUUUGCUUACUCUCUGGUGCACAGUGUUUAUGUGGCUUGUAAUAUAACUAUUUUCUAUUGCAAGAUGUUUUUUUUGAUGAUUCACACGUAUGAUUGUCAAGUGCAACUAAGGAACCAAACAUUUGAAGGAAAUCUUGCUAAAUUAGGACUGGUAGAAGAGGGACAAAGAUUUGCACAAAGCAGAGAAGUGUGGAAAGCAUACAUGUUGUAACUUUAUGCUAUAAUUUGUAGAAGCGUUGUUGCAUUAAACAUGAAAUAUAGUGUCAUAAGAGAUGUAUCUACUAUCUAAUAAGAGGUCUUCCUUAUGUGAGUGUGAGAACUGAGAAGAACAAAUAUUGAGUAUUAGAUUUUAUCUUUAAUAAUUAAGAUUAAAACACACAUGCCAUGUCAAUUUUUUAAAGUACAAAAU